UCAAAGACCAACUCGACCGAUCCAAGGCAACGUGUUCCUUUAAGCACGUGACCCUAUGGCUGAACCAGCGUGUUCGCGCGGCCAAUCCAAAGAUCUUUGCAUUUAUAUCAGAGCGCGUGUUUUCAAAGGGUAGCAGUGAGCGCGCUCUUGUCGUUCUUCGUUCAACAACAAAGAAUGACCGAAUCCGUUUGGCAUCUCCGAUCCCCACGCGCGCCCACAAACAACAAAAUUACACAGCGAGUAGUUUCAAAAAGUCAGAAGGGGCUUGGUCCUGUCGACGGGAAAAUGGUGGGCUAAAUUUUAUCGUGGUCGUCAUACACAAAUUUUUCAAAUAAUUCGAACGGGUAGCCUUAGCAAUUAUGAGGUGUUUGAUGCUGUCUGUCGUUCUUGUUGCUGGAUAUGUUUGGGUCGCCUUGGGUACAAACUUUAAGAUCGGUUUGCUCGUGCCACUCACUGACCCACAGACCGGUAACGCCAGCGGCUUUGGAGACCCCGUGGCUGGAGCUUUUCCAGUUGCUGUCGAUGACAUCAACCUGAACCCCGCUAUUCUUCCAGGUCACACCGUAUCCUGGGAAUGGGUGGAUACAAAAUGCGACAUCAAUACCGGCUUGACUGCCGUCUCGGAUUGGUGGAAGCGUGGGUUCGUCGGCGUCAUCGGCCCCGGCUGCUCGUGCGACUACGAAGCUCGCCUCGCUGGCUCCAUCAACUUCCCGAUGUUUGAUUAUGGAUGCGAUGAGGGCGCUGUUUCCAACAAACUGCUGUAUCCAACCUUCAUCCGGACUCUGCCUCCCAGCACGCGUAUCGUGGACGCCUUAAUCGUCACUCUGCAGAAGUUUGACUGGGAUCAGGUGACGGUUGUUUAUCGAAAUCACUCAAUCUGGACCAACAUCCUCAAUGCGAUGAAGGAGGAGUUUGAGGUGCAUGAAAUCACUGUUCAGCACCAAGAGGUGUUUCAGACGGGCUUCGUACCCAACAACGAUUCCAUCAUAAACCCAUUCCCGGAGAUUUUCACUCGGACCAAGGAGACAACAAGGAUUUACGUGUUUCUCGGUGAGAUGAUCGAGCUUAGGAGUUUUGCAAUGGCUGCGCUGGACGAGGGCCUCAAUAACGGAGACUACGCCAUCUUAGGCAUGGCCAUAGACCACAAGAUAAGGAGAUCUCAAAACUGGCAUAGCUUGGAUUUUCUUCACAUGGGAACCUACUUGGACGAGAAGGCAGCUAAAGCAAUGGAAUCCGUGUUGAUCAUAGCGCCGAAGUCUCCCAAGUUUACCUUUGUCUAUAAAUCAUGGAAUGUGAAGGUCCGAGACAGUGUCCAGGGAGCUCCUUUCUUCCAGACUGGCAGAGAAUUCCACACCUUUUCUGCGUUCCUGUACGAUGCUACGAUUCUCUUUGCCAAGGCACUCGAGGAAACCUUGGCCGCUGGGGAGGACCCGUUUGACGGCGAGGCGAUAGUCAGCCACGCCAUGGGAGUUCAAUACCAGAGUAUCUCAAUGUUGCAGAAUGGGAUAGACGAAUCUGGGGAUGGUAUAUCUCGCUACUUGCUGAUGGAUAUGAAUGAACUACAAGAAGCCGAUUCGUGGCUCACGGCUGGAUAUCCCGGCGUUAUCGGCGUGGGGGAGUUCAUCCGGAACAGCAAUGGACGUUGGACAUUCAACGCAACAGACGACUACAACACACCAAUCAAAUGGCCAAACGACGCAGGCCCACCACUAGAUAUGCCGGUCUGCGGCUAUUUUGAGGAGUUUUGUCCAAAAUACGGUUUGUACUUCGGGCUCGGUGUCCCUGUUGUGCUUCUGAUCGUCGGAUGUGCCGUGGGAUACUACUACUACAGGAAGAUCAAGUAUGAAGGGGAAUUGGACAGCCUGGUGUGGAAGAUCAACUUUGACGAUGUGCAGGCAAAAGGAAAGGAUACGAAUAAAUCUGGCAUUUCUAUGAAAAGCAUGGUCAUGAGCACCCUGUCCGUCAUGACGAACCAGGAGACUCAACAAAUCUUUGCCAGGAUCGGAACAUACCGCGGGAACAUCUGUGCCAUCAAAGCCGUCAACAAACAUAGCAUUGAUCUUACCAGGACCGUUCGCCAGGAACUCAAAGCAAUGCGCGAUGUACGUCACGAUAACGUUUGUCAGUUCGUCGGCGCAAGCGUGGACUCUCCUCACGUGUGCAUUUUGAUGACGUACUGUGCCAAGGGAAGCUUGCAGGACAUUCUGGAGAAUGACGACAUCAAGUUGGAUAACAUGUUCCUAGCGUCUAUGAUUGCUGACCUGGUGAAGGGAAUGAUCUAUAUUCACACGUCCAUGAUCGAAUCUCACGGCAAUCUGAAAUCAUCCAACUGCGUGGUGGAUAAUCGCUUCGUACUCCAGAUCACCGACUAUGGUCUUCAUGAGUUCAAGAAGGGGCAGGGUGAAGACCCCGACUUGCCGGAUGACGUCCGGUACAGGAAUCUGUUAUGGCGGGCCCCCGAGCUCCUUCGAAUGGGGAAGAAGAUGCCGCUAGCCGGUACACCAAAGGGAGACGUUUACUCGUUUGCCAUUGUGCUUACGGAGAUGUACUCACGUGCCGAGCCCUACAACUUGAACGACGAUGAACCGGAAGAAAUUGUGGAGAAAGUUAUGGCUGGUUCUAUCCCACCUUAUCGGCCGUUGCUGAACGAUGUCAACGAGAAAGCUCCUGAAUGUGUACUGAAGGCGAUCCGAUCUUGCUGGGGUGAGGACGAAGUGGAACGCCCGGACUUCUUCAAGGCCCGCACCAUGCUUGCUCCGCUGCAGAAAGGAUUGAAACCCAACAUCAUGGACAACAUGAUUACCAUCAUGGAGCGAUACACCAACAAUCUUGAGGAAUUAGUUGAUGAGAGGACUCAAGAGCUACAGAAGGAGAAGGCGAAGACUGAGCAGCUGCUUCACCGCAUGUUGCCUCCAUCGAUUGCCUCCCAGCUGAUCAAAGGCAUUUCAGUGGCACCUGAGGCAUUUGACAUGGUCACCAUCUUCUUCUCAGACAUCGUCGGGUUUACCGCCCUCUCUGCCGCCAGCACGCCCAUUCAGGUUGUUAACUUGCUGAAUGCUCUAUACACGACGUUCGACGCCACCAUUUCCAACUAUGACGUGUACAAGGUGGAGACUAUUGGAGACGCUUACAUGUUGGUGUCUGGCCUGCCGCUACGGAAUGGCAACCGACAUGCCGGUAUGAUCGCCUCGGCUGCUUGGCAUCUGCUGGAGGAAGUGACAACAUUCGUCGUUCCUCACAAGAGGGACGAGAAACUCAAACUUAGGAUCGGAAUACACUCUGGUUCUUGCGUUGCUGGAGUGGUGGGUCUAACUAUGCCACGCUACUGUCUGUUUGGUGACACCGUCAACACUGCCUCGCGUAUGGAGUCUAAUGGACUCGCCCUGAAGAUUCACGUCAGUCCAGAAUGCCAGCAAGUGCUUCAGGAUCUAGGCGGCUACAAUCUUGUGGAGAGAGGGUUGGUUGCAAUGAAGGGCAAGGGUGAGAUUUUGACAUACUGGCUUGAAGGUCAAGAUCCAAGUUACAAGGUGGAACGAAAUAAGCCACCCAAACAAGUCCUGUAAACAACAACAAGAAGAAUCCCAAAACAACAACAUCAACAACAACAAAUAAUAAGAACAACGAUCCGGAAAUAAAAUUCGUCCAACAACGUAUUGUCUACACACAACUGACAUGAACAUUAUUUUUUAUUUAAUUUGCGAUGAAAGCUCCCGAUUUAACUAGCAGUUUGGAAACUACAGCAUUACGAUUGAGUCAGACAUUCUCGGUUACUGACAUUUUUCUGAAGCACAUAAUAAUUUUAGAUUUCUCUCCCAUCAUAAUUAUGGAACUCUGAUAAUAUCUAGAAAUAACUACAUUCUGCUAACUGGUAAAGUUGCUCGAAAACAAGGAUGCAAAACUUAAGUCUGGCACCCUACUUAGUUACAAGCAAUUUGGAAAGGCAACAAGACUCAUGAACAUGGUUUAUCUGAUAUUAAGUGAAAUACAACUAUUUAGAUUUUGAAAUGUUGUCACAAACUCGAAUGUCAUGUUGCGUAUAAAUAUUAUCACAUUUUGGACGAUUAUAACCAGGUAAUACUGCUUCAAAUUAGAACUUUCACCUUCCGUUUUGCAAAGUGAAUACUACCGAUAUGCUUCCUACGGAUUGGAACCAAUAAAUGUUUUGUGUAAAUAGACUGUACAGAGUAGAAACUGCAAUAAAGGAAAGCAGUAUGAGAUAUCAACACUUGAAUGACAUGUAAAUAAUAGAUAUACAAGAUUUUUUGCAAUGGUCUAGAUAGAAGAAAAAUAAUGAAAUAACUAAACAGCAAUUACCAUACCUACUUUAUUAAUAGCUAUCCACGUAAAGGUUCCAUAUUAUUUUUACGAACAACUUGUGAAAUGUUUUUUUUUUUUUUUUUUUCCCAGUUUAUUUCACCAUCAAUAUUUUUACUUGUCGCUAAAGUUACAAACAAUAAAGCAAGAACAGCACUGAUGUUGAAUUAUCAAUA